UAGAGGGAAUGCCAGCCAUUUUUAUACAUGCAUUUUUUAUCUUCCUCCUCCUUUUCUCUGUGUUCAUCACUAGCUACUCUGUCUCUGCAAGAGAUGGCUCAGUUGGCGGGAAAUGACGAGAUAGAGUCGCUGAGAAUCGAGUUAGCUGAGAUUGGAAGAAGCAUGAGAUCUUCGUUUCGACGCCUACACACUUCGAGUUUCAGAAGCAACUCAGCUCUGAAUAAUUCAGUAAGGGAUGAUGGCGAUGAUGAAUAUGCUUUGCAAUGGGCUGCAAUCGAGAGACUACCCACUUUUGAGCGGCUGAGGUCGUCCUUGUUCGAUGGCCAUGAAGACGGAACUGGAGCAGCUGAUUUUAAAGGGAAAAGGGUGGUUGACGUGACCAAGCUUGGACCUUCGGAACGACACCUUUUCAUAGAGAAGCUCAUCGAACACAUUGAGAGCGAUAACCUUCGGUUGUUGCAGAAACUCAGGAAAAGAAUAGACAAAGUUGGCGUGAAAUUGCCUGCCGUGGAGGUGAGAUAUAAAAAUCUUUGCGUCGAAGCUCAGUGUCAGGUUGUUCAUGGGAAGCCUCUGCCAACGCUCUGGAAUUCAUUUAAGGGCAUGAUUUCUGUCUUCUCAAAACUGUUAGGUUCAAAUCAUCAAGAAGCCAAGAUAAAUAUCCUCAAAGAUGUCAGUGGCAUCAUCAGGCCUGGAAGGAUGACUCUGUUGCUUGGCCCUCCAGGAUGUGGGAAAACCACUUUGUUGCUGGCACUUUCAGGGAAAUUAGACCAAAACCUCAAGAUCACAGGUGAAAUAUCUUACAAUGGUUACAGUUUAGAAGAAUUUAUUCCUCAGAAGACAUCAGCUUACAUAAGCCAACAUGACUUGCACAUUCCCGAGAUGACUGUAAGAGAAACACUUGAUUUCUCAGCUUGCUGUCAGGGUGUUGGAAGCCGAGCAGAUAUUAUGAAGGAGGUCAGUAGAAGGGAGAAACAGGCAGGGAUUGUUCCAGAUCCAGAUAUUGAUACCUACAUGAAGGCAAUUUCGGUUGAUGGCCUUGAGAAAAGCCUUCAAACAGACUACAUAUUAAAGAUCCUUGGACUUGAUAUAUGCGCUGACACAUUGGUUGGAGAUGCUAUGAGAAGAGGCAUAUCAGGUGGUCAAAAGAAGAGACUGACAACAGGGGAGAUGAUUGUGGGUCCAACAAAAGCUCUGUUUAUGGAUGAAAUAUCAACUGGCUUAGAUAGUUCCACCACGUUUCAAAUUAUUACCUGUCUUCAACAUCUGGUGCAUAUCACAGAUGCUACAGCAUUGAUUUCACUUCUUCAGCCAGCACCAGAGACCUACGAUCUCUUUGAUGAUAUUGUAUUGAUGGCAGAAGGGAAGAUUGUAUACCAUGGUUCACGCAAUCAUGUUCUCGAGUUCUUUGAAGAUUGUGGAUUUAGGUGUCCAGAAAGAAAAGGAGCUGCUGACUUCCUCCAAGAGGUUCUCUCUCGAAAGGAUCAAGCACAAUAUUGGAAACAUAUAGAGCUACCUUAUAGAUUUGUUUCUGUUGAUGAAUUCUCUAGAAAGUUCAAGGAAUACCAUAUUGGACAGAAUCUAGAACAAGAUCUCUUGAAGCCAUAUGAUAAGUCCCAGAGCCACAAGAGUGCAUUAUCCUUUAGAGUGUACUCCCUAACUAAAUGGGAGCUCUUUAGAGCUUGCAUGACAAGGGAAUUUCUUCUCAUGAGGAGGAACUCUUUUAUAUAUGUGUUCAAAACAACUCAGCUUGUUAUCAUUGCAUCCAUCACAAUGACUGUUUUUCUGCGGACUCGAAUGGAUGUUGAUGUGGUUCAUGCAAAUUACUACAUGGGUUCUCUAUUUUAUGCACUUGUCAUACUUCUUGUUGAUGGAUACCCAGAGUUAUCCAUGACCAUUGCAAGACUUGCUGUUUUUCACAAGCAGAAAGCUCUGUAUUUUUAUCCAGCUUGGGCUUAUGCUAUCCCAGCCGCUGUUCUGAAGAUUCCACUUUCUUUAAUUGAGUCCUUGGUUUGGACAUCCCUUACUUACUAUGUCAUUGGAUACAGUCCUGAUAUCAGAAGGUUCUUCUGCCAGUUCCUUCUACUCUUCGCUGUGCAUCUAACAUCGAUAUCCAUGUUCCGUUUUGUUGCCUCAGUCUUCCAGACUGUGGUUUCUGCUAUGACAGCUGGCAGUUUUUCAUUAUUAUUUGUCUUUUUAUUUGGUGGUUUCAUUAUCCCAAAAUCCUCUAUGCCUGCUUGGUUGAAGUGGGGAUUCUGGGUUUCCCCAUUGACAUAUGGUGAAAUAGGGAUAACUGUAAAUGAAUUCCAUGCUCCACGAUGGCUAAAGAUGUCAUCCACAAACACAACUAUAGGGGAACAAUUACUUGAAAGCCGUGGAUUAAACUUCAAUGGAUACUUUUAUUGGAUAUCACUCGGUGCCUUAUUUGGAUUUUCUAUACUUUUCAAUAUUGGUUUUACCCUGGCCUUAACUUUUCUAAAGCCUCCAACCUCUCGGUCUUUUAUUUCAUAUGAAAAACUCUCUCAAAUACAAGGAACAGAAUAUUCAAUCAAUGGUGCAUAUGUUGAGGAAGACCCCACUGAUAUUCCUUCUUUAACCACAUCAGAACCUAAAAAAGGAAGGAUGGUUUUACCUUUUCAACCUCUAACAGUAACAUUUCAGGAUGUACAGUACUAUGUUGACGUUCCUGUGGAAAUGAGAGAGCAUGGUUUCACAGAGAAGAAGCUCCAGCUUCUUCAAGAUAUUACAGGUGCUUUCAGGCCUGGUGUUCUUACAGCAUUGAUGGGUGUCAGUGGAGCUGGGAAAACAACUCUGAUGGAUGUUCUUUCUGGAAGGAAAACCAGUGGUACUAUUGAAGGAGAAAUAAGAAUUGGUGGGUAUCCCAAGGUGCAAGAGACAUUUGCUCGGAUAUCAGGUUACUGUGAGCAGACUGAUAUACAUUCUCCACAAAUCACCGUAGAAGAAUCUGUAAUAUAUUCUGCUUGGCUGCGGCUCCCACCUGAAAUUGAUUCAAAUACUAAAGCUGAAUUUGUAAAUGAAGUCCUUGAAACCAUUGAACUUGAUGAAAUUAAAGAUGCUUUAGUAGGAAUACCUGGUAUUAGUGGUCUAUCAACUGAGCAACGCAAACGUCUUACCAUAGCUGUGGAGCUUGUUGCGAACCCAUCUAUUAUCUUCAUGGAUGAACCUACUUCAGGCUUGGAUGCAAGAGCUGCUGCGAUUGUCAUGCGGGCAGUUAAGAAUGUAGUCAAUACAGGAAGAACAAUUGUUUGCACUAUUCACCAACCAAGUAUUGAUAUCUUUGAGUCAUUUGAUGAGUUGAUUUUAAUGAAAACUGGAGGAAGCAUAAUCUACUCUGGACCAUUGGGUCAGCAUUCAAGUAGGGUUAUUGAAUAUUUUGAGAGUAUCCCAGGGGUGCCAAAGAUUAAAGACAACUAUAAUCCAGCAACAUGGAUGCUGGAGGUCACUUCUUCAUCUGCAGAAGCAGAACUUGCUGUGGACUUUUCCAAACUUUAUAGGGAGUCGGUAUUUUAUGAGGACAACAAAGAGCUAGUGAAGCAAUUAAGCAUUCCACCUCCUGGUUCAAAGGACUUGCAUUUUUCUACCCGUUUUCCACGGAAUGGUUGGGAGCAGUUCAGAGCUUGCUUGUGGAAACAACACUUGUCCUAUUGGAGAAGUCCUGCAUACAACUUUAUGCGACUUAUGCAUAUGUUUAUCUCAUCUCUGGUGUUUGGAGUUCUGUUUUGGAAUCAAGGGCAGAAGAUAAAUAACCAACAGGACUUGUUCAUUAUACUUGGUUCAAUGUUCAUUGCUGUGAUUUUCUUGGGCAUUAACAACUGCUCAUCAGUUUUGCCAUUUAUUUCCAUAGAACGCACUGUUUUGUACCGGGAGAAAUUUGCAGGAAUGUAUUCUUCAUGGGCCUAUUCCUUUGCACAGGUGAUAGUUGAGCUUCCCUACUUGUUUGCUCAAACGUUUCUGUUUGUGAUUAUUACAUAUCCAAUGAUUGGAUACUACUCAUCAGUCUAUAAGAUAUUCUGGUAUUUUUAUGCCAUGUUUUGUAACUUGGUCUACUUCAAUUAUCUUGGAAUGCUGAUAGUGGCAUUGACACCAAAUGUUCAAGUGGCUGCCAUACUGUCCUCUGCCUUCUACACCAUGCUCAAUUUGUUUGCUGGGUUUCUGAUGCCCAAACCGCGAAUUCCGAAAUGGUGGAUUUGGUUGUAUUAUAUUUGCCCCACAUCUUGGACACUGAACGGUCUCUUAACAUCACAAUAUGGGGAUAUAAACAAGGAGAUAUUGGUAUUUGGUGAAACAAAAACAGUGGCUGCCUUCUUAAGGGAUUACUAUGGGUAUGACCAUGAUCGUUUGGCCCUUGUGGCCAUUGUCCUUUUGGUCUUUCCUCUUGUCUUGGCAUCUCUUUUUGCAUACUGUAUAGGAAGGUUGAAUUUUCAGAGGAGGUAAAUUGUGUACAAAAUAUAAACCAACCAUAUCCGAAAUCUCUGAAUGCUGUUGUAUAUUGUCUCACAUCUCCCAAAAGAAAUUAUCAUAUAUCAAGUAAUUUAAAUUGUUAAAAUGUUGUGUAUGAAUUAAUGCAGCAGUGACUUGGAUUAUUAUUAAAUGUAGCUAGUA